AUGGCUCCAUAUGAGGCAUUAUACGGAAGAAAGUGUCAAUCUCCAAUCCACUUGCAUGAGGCUGGUGAGAGGAAAUUCUUGGGAUCAGAAGAGGUGGACCAAGCUACGGAGGACAUUAGGUCGAUUCGUCAGAGGCUACAGACCUCUAUAGAUCGCCAACGUAAGUAUGACGAUUGUAGAUGGAGACCUUUAGAAUUUGAAGUUGGGGACAAGGUACUGUUAAAUAUUGCUCCACUGAGAGGAGCUAUGAGGUUCAGGAAAAAGGGUAAGUUGAGCCCUAGUUACAUAGGACUGUUUGAGGUUCUGGAAUGCAUUGGAAAGGCGGCUCACCGACUAGCCCUUCCGCCCGCGUUCUCUAGAGUUCACGAUGUAUUCCAUAUGUCAACCUUAAGGAAGUACAUGAAUGACCCCACUCAUGUGCUAAGUUGUGAUGAACAUAGCAUAGAUCCUCAUCUUAGUUACGAGGAAAAACUGGUCGUAAUUAUGGAUUGGAAAGACAAGGUGUUAAGAAACAAAACAAUACCUUUGGCAAAGGUGCAGUGGUGUAACCACGGUAAUGAAGAGGCGACCUUGGAGACAGAAGUCGAGAUGCGGUAA